UACUUGCUGACUACAGUAAUUACAUUUUUAUCCUCGGAGCAAUUAAUUGGCUCGUUAGGUAAUUGCUCCGAGUUUUUAUAAGUGAAAUCAUUGCUUUCAAUAUAACAAAUGGCAAUUCAGUCUUUACAACUGCAAGUUUUGCAAACAAAUGACAGAUGAAUGAUAAGUUUCUGUCAAAUUCAAAUUUCAAAUUUAUUCAUCGUAAUGUUUUUGAAAUAUUAACUUAACUUUAUAGCUUGAUACUCAGAAAACAAUCACAAAUAAUUCAUAUUUAAUUUAUCACUGAUACUUAGUUAAAUCACCAGUUCAAACGUCUACAAUAUGUGCGUGAUAAAAUAGGAAAACUAUACGAGCGAUAUGACUCCCGAAAAUGCCUAAAGUUAUUGAAUUAACUAUUGAAAUAGAUGUUCAGAAGGUAUCAUGUCCAGGAGUGUGGCUCUGCCAGGAUGGCCGUGUUUCCCUCACAGUAUUUGCAUUGGGAACCAGUUAUCAAACCUGUCUUUUGCCUCCUUUAUUCCCCCUUAUGUUUAGAGAUGUGUUCUACUUUAGGAAGAGAUUCCAAGAAAGUUGUGCACUUAACAAUAUCUGCUGUUUGUUAAAGGACGAAACAAUAUACUGUGAACUAGUGCAAUGGUGUGAAGAUUGUGCGAGAAACGAGUGUGUUAUCCUUGCUCAAUACCUUGGUGCUCUCAAUGAUGUUCUGUUCCCUCCAAAUAUGUGUUCAACGGAUGGAGUUGAUUUGCUCAUGAGAAGGUCUAAGGACUUUCCGGGUAUUUUGUCACCUAAAAUCGAAAUUGCUACAAAAGUGAGAAUAGAUGAAGUAUGGAACCAGGCUUGUAAUUUAUACAAUACAACUAAGGUUAAGGCAUGCAACUGCAAUCCUAUGGAUGCAGAAUUUGCUAGGCAGAAGCAGGUCUGUCAUUCAGCCCAAUAUCAUAGAAUCAAAUGCAAUCAGAGCAGAAGAAUGCCAUCUAGAUCCAGGUCUCGCUCAAGGGGAUCUAGAUCGAGAUCGAGAUCGUGUUGCAGUCUUGAUGCGAAUGAUCCCUCAGUUUACGCGUCGUGCCGAUGUCCCAAUCCUCUAAAGUCCCGCGUGUCCCUGUCCCAAUGUCCCACGCCACGAAGACGCACGUGUCGCCAGUAUAACGUAUACAAUGUGGACACAAGUGACGUGGUGUGGGGGGCCAAUAGCAAUAGAGAUUGGGAGGACGCUCGGCAAUCCAUGGAUACUGAGAUGAGACUGCCAAGUGAUGAAAGGAUUCAAAAGCUCUUACUCGAAAGCCGAUAUAUUGAUCACGACCAACAAAGUAAAUGUUCAGAUAAGAAGAAAUAUAGUUAUAAAGUAUCGCCUUGCUUGUGUGAAAUUUGUAAACGGUACCAUGAACUAUUUCAUUCUGACAGCUAAUACCAUAGAGUAUAGACCAUAGACAAUCAUAAAUUUCUUUUAUUAUAAAUCUUUGCUAAUAUUUAAAAUCAUUUUGUAGGACUUUUGAUUCAUUGUAUACAAGUAAUUGCAAUAGUUAAAGACUGUUUUUUGUAUUAUUAUAGAAA